CGUGAUUUUGCCGUGUGACAAACAAAAGAUGGAGCGUCAAGGAAGGAGAGAAGAGGAGGAGGAAACAGGAAGCACUCUAUCAACGAGGAGAGAGGAGGAAGAGGUGAUGAAGGAAGGCGCCAAAGACAAAGUGAUCGGUGGACACACUCCGAUCUCCGCCUCCUCCUCCUUCCCCUCCUUUCCUUUCCUCUCCUCCUCACUGUGCCCAGGAGGAGGAGGCGAGGAAGACGAGGUCAGGAUUGCCAUCGUGACCAUCGAGGACGAGUCGUGUCCGUCGGAGCCUUUCGGCAUCGACUCCCACCUGGAAACCACCAAUCAGAUCGAACGAAGUUACGGCGAAGGAGAAGAAAAGGAGGAAGGAGAGAGGGAAGGAGAUGAGGAAGAGGAGGAGGAGGAGGAAGAGGCAAACAGUGAUGAAAAAGAGGAGGAAGAGGAGGAGAAUGCUGAGGUAACGUCACCAUCGCUUCACCUGCUGAGCCAGAUGAAGAGGAAGUUGGAUCACGGUCCAGACGGCCGUCCGUUCCCUUCAGGCAAGAAGCGCUGCAAAGGAAAAGCAUACCUCAGUCCUGCCAGUCUGGUUCAGUCCACCACACCGACCACGUUCGGUGACCUCCGGUUGGCCAAUGGGCACUCUGCUCAGCGGCGGCGCGUCACCUCCGGCCCGCCUCCCUCCGGCCUGCAGGACUGGCUUCACACCUUCCAGGCCUGGAGCGGUCCUGAGAGGCUGCUGGCUCUGGACGAGCUCAUCGACAGGUGUGAGACCAGCCAGGUGAAGCACAUGAUGCAGGUGAUCGAGCCUCAGUUCCAGAGGGACUUCAUCUCCCUGCUGCCCAAAGAGCUGGCUCUGUACGUGCUGACCUUCCUGGCUCCCAGAGACCUGCUGCAGGCCGCUCAGACCUGCAGGUACUGGAGGAUCCUGGCUGAGGACAACCUGCUGUGGAGGGAGAAGUGCCGCGAGGAAGGUGUGUCAGAGUAUGCGUCGUGUCGUCGCAGGAAGUGUUCGCGGCCGGGUGUGGCGGCCAGUCCGUGGAAGUCGGCCUACAUUCGACAGCACCGCAUAGAGAACAACUGGAGGAAGGGGGACACGGGAGAACCCAUGGUGUUGAAAGGUCACGACGAUCACGUGAUCACCUGUCUGCAGUUCAGCGGUGACCUCAUCGUCAGCGGCUCCGACGACAACAUGCUCAAAGUCUGGUCCGCCGUCACCGGAAAGUGCCUGCGGACGCUGACGGGUCACACCGGCGGCGUGUGGUGCAGUCAGAUGGCCGACGCCACGGUGAUCAGCGGCUCCACCGACCGGACGCUGCGCGUGUGGGACGCCGAGAGAGGAGAGUGUGUCCACACACUGUACGGACACACCUCCACCGUACGCUGCAUGGGUCUACACGGGAACAGGGUGGUAUCGGGCUCUCGGGACACGACGCUGCGCGUGUGGGACGUGUUGACGGGCCGCUGUGAGCACGUGCUGACGGGACACGUGGCCGCGGUGCGCUGCGUCCAGUACGACGGGCGCCGCGUGGUGUCGGGAGGCUACGACUACAUGGUGAAGGUGUGGGACCCCGAGACGGAGGCGUGUCUGCACACGCUGCAGGGACACACCAACCGAGUGUACUCACUGCAGUUUGACGGCGUGUUCGUGGUGAGCGGCUCGUUGGACACUUCUAUCAGAGUCUGGGACGCAGAGACGGGUGCGUGUGUUCACACGCUGACGGGCCACCAAUCGCUGACCAGCGGCAUGGAGCUGCGUGACAACAUCCUGGUGUCCGGGAACGCCGACUCGACGGUCCGAGUGUGGGACGUCCGGACGGGACAGUGUCUCCACACGUUGCAAGGUCCCAUGAAGCACCAGUCUGCGGUGACGUGUCUCCAGUUCUGCAGAGGUCUGGUUCUGUCCAGCUCCGACGACGGGACGGUCAAACUGUGGGACCUGAAGACCGGAGCCUGGCUGAGGGACGUGGUGGCCCUGCAGAGCCGGGGAUCAGGCGGUGUCGUUUGGCGAAUCAGAGCGUCUGACACGCGGCUGGUUUGUGCCGCCGGCAGCCGGAACGGAACGGAGGAAACAAAGCUGCUCGUUCUCGACUUCGACCUCGAGGACCAGAAGACGAAGACGGAGACGGAGUGAAGAAGAAGAAGAAGUUUAUUCUGUUGAACCAAAGUUGAACAACAACAACAACAACAACAACAACAACACCUGGACGGACAAAGAAACGUCUCCGCCGGUUUGAAUGUAACGAGCGGAGAAACGAGGGUUUUGACUUUUCCUGAACUCAACGACGCCGUUUAAAAACAAAACAAAACCAAAAUGUUGAGCGACGGAGACGAGCAACGCUGCUUUCCAACCCAGCAGUCGCUCCGUCUCUUUGUUUUGUUUCUUUCCACCACAGUUGCCGGUGUGAAGUUGCCCGUCUCCGUUGCUGUAACGUGUCAGGAGAACGCUGGCCGUUAGUUCUCUGGUGAAACCGUGAAACCAGAACGAUGGAACCACAAGAGGAGCCGAGCGACCGCGAAACUAAACCUCGCUUCAGAGUUUUUAACGUUGAGAUAAAAAGCAUUAAUUUAAAGACGUUUACAGGUUCACGGCACGUUGAAGCGCUCAUGUUUUGGUGAUUUAUGGCGCCGUAGCGUCAUAACUGAAGCUUCCCUGAACACUAAAUCACAACAUGUAUUAAUUAAUCCUUAUUCAUUUGGAUUAACAGUCAUUUUCUUUAGACCCGUAUUCAUAGAUUUCACUAUUUAUUCCUUCAAAGUUGAAUUAAAAUCAGAGAAAAGCAGAUUUAAUGAACCGACUUUACUCUUAAACCUGCUUUUUAUAUUAUUCUUUACAAAUUAAAUCACUUUUUUCGGGGACUCCUGAGACGCUUUUACUGUAAUUUAGCAAAAAAAAAUCAAUAUUCAGAAAGAUUAAGGAAGCAAAGAAAGGACGUUUGAUUAUAUACACAACCAAGCACCUUAUUGAUCAAUUAAAUCACUUCUAAUUCAUUAAUAUUUCACUUUGAGAACAAUCUGGAAUAUUUCACAAAAUAAACAAUAUAAAAUUAAAAUGAGUUUAAAACACUUUAACAAGAAUUAAUUCCACUAAAUACUUCAAUGUUUAAAUCUAAAUUACCACUGAGUUAUAGCAUUAAUAUUACACUUUGAAAACAUCUGUAUUCAUGUUGUUUUUAUAUAUGUAUAAUGAUUUAUAUGUCACAAUAUCAGAAAUAUCAAAAUGUGUUAUUUUGUCCUUUCUGAGCUUCCGUAGACCCUUUGACUCUAAAAACCCAAAUCUCUGAAACGGUCUCACCUCGUGUUUCUCCUCUUAUGAAACAUUUAUUAAAGAUUUAAAAUCUACAACUCAACAGAUAUUAAUCCAAUAUAUAUAUAUAUAUAUAUAUGUGUAUAUACAAGCUGCCGUUGCUAGGCAACAGCUCCAGCCAAUAAGCGAGAGUCCUGGGCGAUGUUUCGCCCGGCAACAGGCGGCGUUUGAGGCUCCGAUGACGUCUUUGUAAAAUACUGUAAAUAUGAAAGAUGUAAAUAUUCAGCUUUUUAUAAGAAUCAGAGAAAAUAUUGUUGAAAGAUGAAUGUGUACGAAUAAAGAUGAGUUUUAUAAUAAA